GGUUAUAUGUUGUUACGAAACUACUUCUGUGAUUGCAUUUUGUUUAUAAUUUGAUUUCGUUCACUUCGUAUUUUCUUAUUCUGUAUUUAGCCACCGAACACUUCAUGAAGCUAUUAAGUGGUAUUUUCUGUGCUAGUAGAUUAUCCUUGGUAAUAUCACACCACAGAAUACACCAACAUCGGAGUGUGAAGAGAAACUGUGAUUUCAAAAUUCAGCAUGUAUUGGCCUUUCAUUUCCAUUCUUCGUAAAUCCGCUAAGUAGAUCAGUUACAACAGCCUUUUCUCGUUCUUUUUUAUUGUCGGCUGUUGAUUGUCAUAGAUAUAUUGAAUGUGGCGCAUGUAAUAACUUUAUUUGUUGUUCAGUUAAGGAAAUGCCCUUUUGAAUGCAUUGUUCUUUUCUUUAUAUGGUGUUGCUUUAUGUGCAACUGCAUUGACAAUAAAAAUAUUGUUUGCUACAGACAUGAUGUCUUAAGUCUACAUACAUAAUGGUGAUCUGCAAAUUUUAUCAACAAGGUUUUUGCAAAUAUGGCAGUAGCUGCAGAUUUGAACACCCACAUUCUGGAGAGAGUGUAUUAAGAAGAAGAUAUGGGGAUAAUCAGUAUACAACAAAUAAUUAUUUUCAUGGUCAUGGUAGGAAUCCAGGAUCAUACAAAGCCGAAAACAUAUCACAUGAUUUAGAAGCCAUGCAAAUGGUCUUCCAAGAAGUGAUUGAAAGUGAGAAGGGGGGACAGUGGCCAUUGUCAUGCUUUGCACCUAUCGGGGAGAGACCAUGUUUCCCAGGGUGUGAGGACUAUUCUCCAGAAGAGAUUCGCUGGAAGAUGUAUGAGGCUAAGCAGAAUGACACACUUCCUGAAUGCCAGAGGCAGAUUAAAGAAUUGUAUGACGCAGCCAAACUUCGAAGACAUCAGAUACUGAAUCAAAAGAAUGAGGUAUUUACAAUAAUCAAGAAGCUUUAUCAUGGAGAAAAGAUUGAGACAGAACCAAGCUUUUCAUUUUUACAAGCUGUAAAUCAAGUUAGAGACAAUAACGUUGCAUCAUGGACUUCGUCAAAUUUUGGGAAUAGCGAGAAUCAAGCUCCUGUUUCCAGCAACUUUGUAUUUUCCCUUCCACAAUUAGGAGGUUCAUCUGGACAGACCGCAGUUUACCAUCAGUCAAAUGGGUUUUAUGGUAAUGUACAAGUUCCUAAUGGUAGCACACAGACUUCCAGUGUAUUUAACAGUUCAUCUGAUGUACAUUCACCUUUUGGUACUGUCACUCAAGAUUCUUCAAGACUUCAAUCAGCAGUGUCUUCAAAUAGUGUAUUUGGUGGAAGUAAAAGCAUUUUAAAUACUGCUGCUACUUGGAAUAGAGUGGAAAAUACUGUUGAAGACAGUUCUUUGUAUUCACAAAAAGCUGAAUUAUCCCAAGACAAAUUGGAUGCAUUUGUUGCUCAGACAUUUACGAUGGGAAAGGUACCAAGAAAACCACCGCCUAAAGAUCUGUGUACACUCUAGAAGUUUUUUGAAUUUUGAAACUUUGAUUAUACAGGCUGCCUUUGUGUUGUUAACUCUUACAGGAGUCAUUUUAUAAUUUUGUAGAAAGUAAAAGUAGGAUUAAUUAUCUAGCUAAACUGUGGAGGAAAACCCUUCUUGAGAAACUGACAGUGAAGAAAUUUGUGGCCUUUUAUGGAAACCAAAGGUUUAUUACUAAGUUCAUGACAGCCAGUUGUUGGUUCUUAACCUGAGCUAGAUAACUGCAGUCCACAUCCAUCUUAUUUUCCUAUAAAAAGGAUGUUACUGUACAGUACACUGCAGUAUUUUGUUAAAGCAGUUGGCAGUACUGUGCAUAAUGGCAUAUAACAGUCUGCUUGUUAUUGUGAAAUUUAUGACAUAUUUCAUUAUUAAACAACAUUAGUUUCACAUUGAAGUUACUAUAUAAUGGUUCAUUAAAACCCCUAUUUCUGGCCAAUCUUAUCUUACUUUCAAACUACCAUCAUAUCAUUAGCAUUUUCAAAUUCAUAGAACAUGGGAGUUUCUUAACCACCUGAGUAUCAAGGAAGACUGUAUAUCAUGUAUGUAGUUAUAAUGAUGCAGCAGGAUAAACAUUUUUAAAGAAAGUAUAACUAAUGUGGUACUUAAUAUUUAACAAAAGGACAGUAUACUUUGCAGUCAGAGGCUGCAGAUAACAGUUGCUGAGAAUACAUUUGUGGUUUCUUCCUUUAUUAUGUUAUUAUUUUUCUUUUUGUGAGAGCCUGGGUAGCUGUCAGUAUAAGGACUUGCUAUAGACUGAAUGACCGGG